AUGUCUUCAAAGGAAUAUAUUACAUUAGUAUCGUCAGAUAAUUUUAAGUUUAUCGUAUUAAAAGAGGUGGCAUCUAUAUCAUCAUUCAUACGAAACUCUCAGGGAUUUGAAGAAGGUAGAACUGGUAAGAUUAGAUUAGACAUGUAUGGUGAUAUACUAGAGUGUAUUGUGGAGUAUUUGUAUUAUCAUUAUAAGUAUAAAGAUUUGGUUGCCGAAGGUAGAGAUAUUCCUGAGUUUGAUAUACCAACACACUUGGCAUUAGAGUUGCUAGUGCAGGCUGAUUAUUUGGAUAUAUAG